AAAAAAAAAAAAAGAAAAUACUCAAAAUGGGCGUCGAUCGCAAAGUCCUCUCCCCCGGCAACGGCGCGGAUUUCCCCACCAAGGGCUCGAUGGUCACCAUGCACUACACGGGCGGCACUUACGACCAGGCUGCUGGCGAGGCGAAGCAUUUCAUGGGUGCUAUCUUCGAUAGCUCCAAGAAGCCCGGUCGUGGCCCGUUCGCGACUAAGAUUGGCGUUGGUCGGUUGAUUCAGGGCUGGGACGAGGGUGUCCCCCAGAUGAGCCUGGGCGAGAAGUCCAUCCUGACCAUCACUCCUGACUUCGGCUACGGCCCCGGCGGUAUCCCCGGUGUUAUCCCCCCCAACGCCACUCUUGUCUUCGAGGUUGAGCUCCUGAGCAUCAACAACAAGAGCAUCUAAGUUGAUCAUACAUCAUCGUGUGAUGCACCUACGAUAGAUAGGUAGAUUCGGGUAAUAACCGAGUAUCAGAUACGCUCUGGUUGAUAAACAAUACAUGCCUAUCUAGACAUU